CUCGAACGAGAUAACUUUCAUUCUUGUUUGCUCUCUCUCUCUCUCUUUCUCUCUCCUCUUUUACAAUUUCUGUUAUACGUGAUUAAUUAUUAAGAACGUAAAUAAAAAUGGAACGCUGGGCUGGUAAAGUAGCUAUAGUUACUGGUGCAUCUAGUGGAAUUGGAUUAGCAAUAGUAAAAGCUUUUGUACAAAAUGAAAUAGUAGUGGUUGGAUUUGCCAGAAGGAAAAAUAAAAUGCAGAGUGAGAUGCAAAAUGUUAAGGGAAAAAGUAAAGGCAAAUUUUAUGCAUGCGAAUGUGACAUUACCAAAACCGAAAGUAUCGAACAAGCUUUCCAAUGGGUUAAGAAUAAUUUAGGAACAGUUCAUAUUCUAGUGAAUAAUGCAGGAGUGGCCAUAGAUUCCAAAUUUAUGGACUCAUCCAGACCUGAUUGGCAAAGAUUAUUCGAUAUCAAUGUGUUAGGAUAUAUCGAUUGUACCAAACGUGCUGCUAGAAUGAUGUUAGAUUCUGAUGUGGAAGGGUAUAUUGUUAACAUAAACAGUAUCGAAGGACACAAUGUAGUUGCUUUCCCAAAUUGUACUCUUAAUUUUUACCCAGCGUCAAAAUUCGCUGCUGUUGCUGCUACUGAGAUUACACAAAAGGAAUUAUACGGUAGUAAAAUUCGAGUGACGAGUAUCAGUCCAGGAUUAGUAUCUACAGAAAUCGGGGAAGCAAAUAACUUUAACUUACGUCCGUCAUUGAUAAAUUUACCCACUUUGGAGUCUGACGAUAUUGCAAGUGCCGUUAUUUAUGUAAUCGGAACUGCGCAACGCGUUCAUAUUACUGAAUUGAUUAUUAGACCUCUUGGAGAAGUUAAAUAUGAGUGUUAAACAUGAAAUUAUUUAUAAUAUUUUAAAUAAAUAUUGUAUUGUCAUUAUCUGUGUCAAAACACAAUAAAAUUUAUUUUUUUCAGUUA